AUGCACGCAAAGGCAUGUAGAGUAGGCAUAUACUAUUAUACAUCUCUUUCCUUGCGUGCUCCUGAAACCCAACCGAGGUGGUCGCAGAGUAAGCCAGGCCAAUCUAAGUGCGGCGCAAUCGCCAAUGAGUUUUGUCACUGUGGCCUGGAUAGCAGAUUAGGUGGUUGUUGGAAAGUUGGCCAGUCUGCUUUCAAUGACUACAUUUGCAGACAUUUUUCAAAAGCAUCAAUUCUGAUGUUGAAAGAACCAUCAGGAGUUUUAGCUCAGGAUGGUAAGCAUCCGGAUGGCUACACUCUAAUCUCAUGGGAUGCUGGCAAAUGUUUAGCUCGGGACGUCACUAUCCCUGACACCCUUGCAGAAGGAUACACCAAUCUAACCAGCUUAGAAAGGGGUUCUGCCGCAACCAGGGUUUCUGAUGAAAAACUUGAAAAAUAUGAUAACGCCCUAUCUUCAAUGGAAUUUUUUCCGGUUUGCGUUGAAGUCCUUGGUCCUAUGGACAAAGCUACAUCAACUUUUUUUAAAGAUAUUUGCAAUCUUAUAAGUGGAAGAUCCGGAGACAAAAAAAAAUUUUUCUUCGCAAUGAGCCACAUGUCUUGUAUGUUGCAGUGA